CUGGGUUUGCACCAAGUGUCAGAAGAAGGUUCUGAACAAAGAGAACAUGUCGUGGCCACAGAACUUUGUCCAGUCCUAUGUGACACACAAGACCGUGAGAGAGGGGGAGAAGAGGAGUCUGCUCAGGAGGAAUGUAGAGCUGAAGAAGGAGUGUGCUCACCUGGAGGAACAGGACCAGCAACUCAGCACGUCCCUCACGCAGAAGGUGAUGGGCGUGCGGGAGCGUCUGAUUGGUCAACAGAGGGACACCCAGUCCUCCCUGGAGCGUCUCAAGGCUCUGAUUCGUCUGAUCCAAAGAGACCAGAUGAUCCAGGUUACCAUGACAGCUACCGCUACCACCACCGGAGUGUCCCUGCUCUCCCUGCCCUGGAUCAAACCCUCUGGUGCCGCCACACACACAGUGCCCCCUGCUGGACCGUCUAUGCUACUGCAGCAGAAGACUCUGGUCAUGCCACAGUCUCAGAGCCAGGCUCAGGGCAAUGUCUGAGCUCUAGUAGUACCCCCCCAGCCCACCAGGGGGCCACAGUUCACAGUCCAAGGCUGCGCCACAAAUGACACUCUAUUCCCUAUAUAGUGUAGAACUUUUAAUAAACAGACCCAUAGGGGAAGUUUAAAAUACAUGUCCAUUUGACAUCAGAGCCCUGGUCUAAAGUAGCGCACUACAUAGGGAAUAGGGCUCUGGUCUAAAGUAGCGCACUACAUAGGGAAUAGGGCUCUGGU